AUGGCUCCUGUGACAGUGAAUAAGAAAUACGACUAUUUGGUAAUUGGUGGAGGUUCCGGUGGUGUGGCAUCUGCCAGAAGAGCAGCUUCGUAUGGAGCUUCUGUUUUAUUGAUUGAAGCCAGAGAUGGUCACAUGGGAGGUACAUGUGUCAAUGUAGGCUGUGUUCCUAAGAAGGUGAUGUACUAUGCUGCUUCAAUGGCUCAUAAGAGAGAACAAUUGCCAUCUUACGGAUUUCCCGAGGAAGCUGGUGGGUCCAGGACCAAAUACGGUGAAUUUGAUUGGUCAGCUACCAAGCACAAGAGAGAUGCUUAUAUUGACAGAUUGAAUAGAAUCUACGAACGUAACUUGAAUAAUGAAGGUGUCAAUUGGUUAUAUGGUUAUGCUAAAUUCAUCAAUAGUGAAGGAGAUGUUGAAGUUACUUUAACUGGUGAUCAACAAAUCUCUUGGAUGGAAAAGGAAAAGGACCAAGUGUUCAAGAAGAACGAAAAGUUUAUUUUUAAAGGUGACAAAAUUCUUAUUGCUACUGGUGGUACCCCAACCAUCCCCUCUGACAUUGAAGGAUACGAGAAUGGGAUUUCUUCAGAUGGAUUCUUCCUUUUGGAAAACCAACCUAAAUCUGUAGCUGUUGUUGGUGGUGGAUACAUUGGAGUGGAGCUUACUGGAGUAUUCCAAAGUUUAGGUACCAAGGUUCACCAGAUCAUUAGAGGUGAUAAGCUUUUGCGUGCUUUUGAUGAACUGGUUCAAGAUUUGAUCACUGACCAAUACAUCAACCAUUUAGGAGUGGAUUUACACACCGAGUCGCUUGUUACCAAAGUUGAAAAGUUGGCUGAUGGUCAAAAGAAGGUAUAUUUGAACACUGGGAAGGAAUUGAUUGUUGAUGAAUUGUUAUGGACCAUUGGACGGAAAUCACAUCUGAAUAUUGGUUUGGAAAAGAUUGGCGUUGAAUUGGAUUCCAAGGGUCAAGUUAUAGUUGAUGAAUACCAACAAUCCACCAACCCUAAUGUUUUUUCAUUAGGUGAUGUUGUUGGUAAGGUUGAAUUGACUCCAGUAGCCAUUGCAGCUGGCCGUAAGUUAUCCAACCGGUUAUUCUCAGGUCAAGAUGUUUUCGCUCAAGAUAAGUUGAGUUAUGAGUUGAUCCCCUCUGUCGUUUUCUCUCACCCUGAAGUUGGUCUGAUUGGGUUAACUGAAGCUCAAGCACGCAAACAAUAUGGAGAGGAGAACAUUAAGAUCUACAAGUCCAAGUUCAACUCCAUGUACUAUGCCAUGAUGAACAGCGACGACUUGAAGACCCCAACGUUCUACAAGAUCAUUGCUGCUGGUGCUGAAGAGAAGAUUGUUGGGUUGCAUCUUGUUGGAGAUGAUUCAGGUGAGAUUCUUCAAGGGUUUGGGGUAGCCAUUAAGAUGGGAGCCACCAAACAAGAUUUUGAUAACUGUGUUGCCAUUCAUCCUACUUCAGCCGAAGAGUUGGUUACCAUGCGUUAA